AUGUCACGUCAAGCUAAUCAAAGUCAGCCCAUAUACGGUAAGUAUUUUAGAAGAAACGAUGGAGUAUGCCAGGGUAGUGUUAAUUCAUAUUCUUGGGGGCUUGGAGUUGACGCACGAAAAACUAACUUAGAACUACCAGAUCCAUUUAGAAUAGAAGUAGGUACGCACCCUGAGAAUGUCCCAAAGGAGUAUAAUGAAGAGAAAUGGUUAUUUGAUAUCAUGGUUAUAGACACACGUGGUACAGAAGACAAAAAAGGUUGCACCGAAUGCAGAUGUGACCAUUAUAAUGUCAAAAGUGAAGACUUUGUAAGCAAAACCGGUAUUGAUGGGAAACCAAUGUCUGCUGAUUAUAAAGGAGAAAUUUUUUGUUGUGAAAAGACUUCUCAAUGCAAAUUACAAAAAGGAUAUAAUAGCAAACAACAGAGAAAAGCUUCCCUUAAAUAUACAGUAACAUGGGUUGAUUGGGAUCAAUACCAAGUGCCUAUUAAGUUUUACAUACUUGAUGUUACUGAUCAAGUGACAUAUAAUGGCUCUGAACCAAUUCAUAAUUGUAUGGUAGAGUAUUCUAUCACUCCGCAAAAUACUGAUAUUGGACAUUAUCAUAUUAAAAAGACAAAGAUCCCAAUGAAAAAGGGUGGUAAUCUAAUCUACUCUACAGUUCAUGUGCAUCCAGGAAUCGUUAAUGCAACUUUAUAUGCGGAGAAUGGAAAGGUAUUAUGUGCUGUUCAACCAACAUACGGCACAGGAGAAGAGCCAGGAAAUGAAAAAGGCUAUGUUGUUGGAAUGUCUGGUUGUUAUCCAAAACCAGGCUCUAUCAAGAUUCAGGAUGGCGAAAUAUUAACGAAGAAUUACCAUAGUUGUCAAAACCGAAUCGGUGAUCGAACCGGUCAAGUUAUUGGUCACUGGAUUACUGGUUUAACCGGUAGAUCACUGGUAGAACCGGUUAACCCGGUAAAAACUCACAUACAGUUAUUUUCGUGUGAAGUUGAUAUUUAA